AUGAAAAGAAUUUUCGCUUCCUCUUCUGUUUGCAAAUGUGUUUCAUCAUCCGUUGUCGCACCUCGUAGUCGUUCCUCGGCUGCUGCUAUUGCCAUGAUUAAUCAUUCUACAGCAACAACUAGCUCCUCCACUACAACUUCUCAUCGUUUAUUUCAUCAUCAAUUCCGUGCCAUGGAAGGAGUAAAACAAAUUGAAAAUAUUGAUUUUAGUAGCAAGAGUGUUUCUGAAUUUAUUAACCAGCUGAAUGAAAUGAAAGUUGAACCAAUGGAAAAGAGAACAACAGAUAAAACUCGAGAACAAUUGUACUAUCUCUAUUCCGUUGAACACCACAUUCAAAAGGAAAUUGAAACCUUUCAACAGCAAGUUGAUGCAAUUUUGAAUGAAUCGUCCACUACCACCACACAAAACAAUGAUGAAGCCAUCUCCGGUCUGAAAUCACGUUUCUCUCUUCUCUUAAAGUGGGUACUUGCCAUUCAACAACUCACUCUCGACAAUGGGCUUUACAAAUUGGUUCAGCCUUUACUUAUCGGAGAGAAGGCAGAAAAAUUCUUACAAGUCUUGCUAGAGGAACCUCAUGUCGGAAAGUCCCACAACUUUCCAAUUUAUUACUCUCUUACUGUGUUAAAGGCUAAGGUUCGAGCAAGUAUUGCAUUGGGUGAUUACGAAACGGCCCGAGUUGCAUGUGAACAAUUGCUGACAAAGAUUUCUCAAGUGAGAGCCUUCUACGAAAAGAGACGUGCAGAAGUUGAAAAAGAAGAAAAAGAAGCAGCAACCAUUGGUAUCGCUGUGGAACAGUAUAGAAAAAAUCAAAGACAAUUAAAAGCAAGAGACUCUGUGGAAGAAGUUGUGAAUAAGAUUUAUGAAUUGCAACAAGAACAAGAUAUUACAUUCCCUUCAUCUCGAAAAGCCCCAGAAUUUGACAUAUAUUUCGGUAUUGAACCUAUCACUGCAAAUAUUGAGGCCCAAUUGGAAAGAAUGCAAGUUGAAACUCAAAUUAUUAACGUUCAAGUGCUUUAUAAUAUUGCCAUGAACGAAGGAUCUGCAAAUUCUAUUCUUGCCUGGUUGGAUAGCAAGCUUCGAGAUGCUAAAUUGUUAGGUACAUUCUCUAACGUAAUUUUCAAGGUUUCAAAAGCUUCCAUUUUAGCUAUUCAAGGAGAUCAGCAAGAAGAAGCAAUCAAGCUUUUUGUUGAGGCACAACAACAAAUGACCAAGUCAUAUGCUGCCAUUUCAAAAGAUCUUCAACAAUUAUCCACAAUAGCACUCAAUUUAUUGCUCUACUCAACCAAGAAGCGUAAUCCAGCACUUGACAUUCAUGCCUACAUGAAGAUGAUCAAACCAGAUAACACUGAAACAACUCCACAGGUUAAAAACUACGUUACCCUUGUCUUGAUUGAUCUCUUCACUUCAAGAGGCCAACUUGACGCUGCUCUCAACUACAUCGCACAAGCCAAAGAGAUACACUUUAACAAUGGAUACUUUUCUCCUGUUUAUGCCUCAUUGUUAAGAAGAGAGGCUGAGGCAUUAAUUUUGAGCGAACAAGCCGCGCCUCAUGAAAUUAUUUCUCUAUUGGACAAUGCUAUUGAUUUACGUGUGGAACAAUAUGGAUCGAAAGAUAGAUAUUUGCCAAUCUUUUAUGACGUGUUGGUCAAUUAUUGUCAACAAAACAAGAUAGACCACGAAAAGUUGUCAGAAUACUCGUCCGAGUUGAGAAAGGCCAACAUACCAGUUUUAAAGAGAGAGGAAAUUUUCUUCCCAAAAGCAGAUCUUUCGGAAAGAAAUCUUUAG